AUGUCCACCGCCGCCGAAAUCCUCGCCAAGCACCCCGCAAAAGGUCUCUACACCCUCGGCGCUCUCCUCAUCAACGCCCUCAAACUCCCCCUCUGGAUAUUCUACCACCUCUCAUCCUCCACGCGGCAGCACUCUCGAUGGAGUCUCCGUCAGGCGGUCGCUACGAGGGCGCUGAGGACCGCAUUAUGGCACUUCUCAUUCAUGCGGGUUAAUACACCUUUAAUUUUGCAACCCACGGCGAAGGAAAAAGGAUUACUCGUCACAAUCCCACCGUCGACGAAAGGGGGUGUGUAUAUGGGCAUUUGCGACGACGAGGAGGUCAAACCGGAGAAGAUUUGCGGGUACUGGUAUCCGUCUGCGUUUAAUGAGGAUGAGGAUCGCGGCAAGAAAAUCGUGCUCCAUUUCCACGGCGGUGCGUAUGUGAUUGGGGACUGUAGACCCGCGGAGUCGGGGUACGCAGGGAAAAUGUUGAGUGAGAAGAUCGGGAAGACGUUGAUGGUGUCGUAUCGUCUUGCUUCGAAUCCGGGUGGUCGAUUCCCUGCUGCGCUGCAAGAUGCGGUGUCGUCGCUGCAGUAUCUGAUUAGUCUGGGGAUUGAGUAUGAAGAUAUUGUAAUCAGUGGAGAUUCGGCGGGUGGGAAUCUGGCCGUGACGCUGCUGAGAUAUCUUGCUACUACGAAUGCAUCUGGACCUGCUGCGGCGCUUUUGUGGUCGCCUUGGGUGGAUCUGGCGAGUAGUCUUGAGCCGGCGACCUUUUCGUAUUCCCCGCAUAGAUUUACGGAUUAUAUUCCUUCGAAUUUUGCGACUUGGGGGGCGCAUAUGUAUUGCCCGAAAGACGGACCUGUUACGAUGGGCGAUGGAUGGAUUAGUCCUGCAGCACAUCCAUUCCGUACGAACACGCCGAUUUGGAUCCAAGGGAGCGGACAGGAGAUUUUGAUUGAACAGAUUGCCGAGUUUGCGAAAGCGAUGAAGCGGAUAUCUAGCAAUAAGAUAGCCUUCCAUGUUGAGGAAAUUGCAACUCAUGAUAUUAUCUUGGUUGGCAAUGUCACCGGAUUCGAGAAAGAGACUGAGAAUGCUCUUGCAGCAGCUAAGAAAUGGCUGGAUAACCUGUAG